AUGGCUACCACUCCAACUUUAAUUCAGUUAAACAAUGGCGAUAAGGUGAAUCGUUUCACGGUUUUCAAAAAACUUGGAGAAGGUACGUUCGGAGCAGUUUAUGCUGUGCGAGAUGACACUGGAGCAGAACAUGCACUCAAAGCAGAACUGUCUACAGAGAAGAUUCCGUUGUUGAAAUUGGAGCUGUAUGUAAUGCAAAAAUUGACUCAAAAAGGAGCAAAACACAUGCCAACUUUGAUUGAUAAAGGAAAACAUGAAAACUUCAACUACAUCGUCAUGAAAUUUCUCGGAAAAUCACUUCAAGAUGCAAAGAAAACCGGUCCAGAUGGUCAUCUGAAUCUAGGAUCGGCGAUUGGUGCAUCAAUUCAAUGCUUAGAAGCACUCGAAGAAAUGCAUUGGUGUGGAUUCUUGCAUCGAGACGUCAAACCAGGAAAUUUCUGUUUGGGAAGAGCUGAACUAGGAGAGUUGAGAAAGAUCUUUGUGCUGGAUUUUGGAUUGUGUCGUCGCUUUGUAAACGAUCAGAAUGUGAUGUUGCAGCCAAGAAGAAAAGCACCGUAUCGUGGAACUCCUCGUUAUGCACCAAUUGCAUCUCAUAAUAAUAUGGAACACGGGAGAAAAGAUGACGUUGAAAGUUGGUUUUACAUGCUUGUCGAUUUCACGAAUGCCGCUCUUCCAUGGAAAGUUGCCAGCAAAAUUAAAGAAGUUGGGGAAAUCAAGAAGAAUGCUCGUUUCGAUCCAGGAUUGUCUCAAUUGCUUGCCGGAUGUCCAAUGGAAGAAUACCGUUUGAUUAUGAAUCACAUCGAUGGCCUCACGUAUUUCAUGGAACCAAACUACGGAUUGAUCUACUCGACUCUCAAAAAGUUGAUGCAAACCAAGAAUGUUCAAGAAGUACCGUAUGAUUGGGAAAAUGAGUACGCUGUCGGUAAAUAG